GCGUAUUGCAGGUGUUAUUAUUUGGUGCGGGAUUGUUCCGGUGACGGUAUUGGCUCACGCAUAACUAUGCCACUCCCUUCUCCAAAUAGCGUUCGCUGUGGCGCCUUUCAGUAACCAUCAUGUCGUGUAUAGGGGCCAGCUCUGGUGAGACACAACGGACUUGAAUGAUAAGGAACUGUAGCUGCCUUCCAACAAUGUUAUAACCGUUAUUUUUUAUACAGUCUAUAACAAAGUAACGUAUUAUCUCUCAUUUGUAUUUGUGAUAGAUCAAGGAAAACUAUUGGCUACUUAUAAAGACUCAAACUUCGUAACUUCGGUAUUUGUACCCUAGUGAUUCGCGGACCGGAUAACUAUCGGUUACUGUGCGGAACACUGGCGAUUCAGAGAGGAACCAAGAUAUCAAUGAGAGUCAUCACAACCGCAGUAGAGGCCAUGCUCGCCAACUCUAACUCAUGAAGACAAUGAUCCUGUCUGCAAUGCUAACAUUCCUGGUGCAUAUCCUCAUCAUCUCCCGUGGGGUUGUGUCUCUGGAGCCUAUGCAAGAAUCCCCCCAUGGAGACGUUCUAGACCUCCCUUGGCAGACAGAGCUCUGCUGUGCCUCACCCCCAGCCCAGCAUCAUCAUGGGGGAGAGGGAGAGGACGAGGGGUCUGCGGGGUCCAGGAGGGCACCAUCUGAUACGGGACACCCACACACACCCCAGUGCCUCUUUAGGAACUCCACAAGCACACUAAUACCUCCCCAGGAGACAAAUCCCAGUGGAGCCACCUGUUGGGACAUCCUGUGUCGUGUCGAUGAGACCUGGGAAAAUGUAAUAUGUGAUCUAAAGCACCGCGCCACUUCUUCAGACAACUCCACUCCUGGGACGGUGACAAUUUGCUUGCAGCGCUUGGUAGCACAGCCUGACAGAGAGGUAAACACCACGCAUGGGACUGACAGCAUGGACUGUGUGGGAAAGGAUUCCAUCACCUGUUCUAUCGUCAUCCUCGCGGUCAGCAGUGUCGUCGUUGUAACAGCCAACGUGUCCAACACCACAGCAGGUCCUCUGAUGAUUCUCAUCGUCCCUCCGCGUCUCGAUAAACCAAGCCCACCAGUGAACCUAACACACACCCAGACCGCAGAGGGAGAGCUAGUUCUGAGCUGGAGCAACCCACAGCCCCAUGCCARCCCUGUCCCACUGAGCUAUGAGGUCCGAUACAUUACCUCCCACAACACCUCUGACCCCAACUGGAAGCAUGUGGAGGUGACUGGAGACCAGUGGCUGUCUCUGACUGGAUUGAGGGCAGGUCUGCACUACAUUGUACAGAUCCACUCUCACCACCCUGCUCUGCCCCACCUGUGGAGUGACUGGAGCCAGCCACACCACAUCUACCUGGAAGAUGUGACAUAUCUCCCUGAGAGAGUGGUGGCCAGCCUUGGAGACAGUGUGACUGUGUACUGCGUGUUCAACGACCGCAGGGUGAACGCCAGUACUGCAGUCUGGUUUCUGAACCUUGACCGCCUUCCACAGAGCCAGUACACUGCUGUCAACGACCGUGUCAGUAAGAUAACGGUUCAACCGUCUGAGCAGAAACUGUACGACAUCCUGCGUUGCUGCCAGCCUUCAGGGGAGAAGUAUAGCUGUAACUACCGCUACGCAACGAUAUACAUUAAAGAUCCGGUCAUAGAUAUCAGCUGUGUAACCAAUGGGGAUCUGGACAGCAUGACCUGUAGGUGGAACAACAUCCAAACUAAAAUCAACUUCCUGUCCAGGGUGGCCGACCUAUCCUGCGAUGUAAUGGAGGAGGCGGAGGAUGAGGUGGGCGGGGCAGUGGGUGUGGUCAGGCAGGCGGUGUGUGUAUCCAGCAGAUCUAGAGAAGUGAAGAGCUGCACUCUGCAGCCAAUCAGAGUGACUUCAUGCUACAAGCUGUGGAUGGAGGCCAAGACAGACAAUGGCAUGAGGUCACAUCCUGUCUACAUCACACCUAUGGACCACGUGAAGCCCCACCCUCCCUCGGGCCUUGAGGCAGUGAGCAUGCCAAAUGGGGUCCUGAGGCUGGCGUGGGUGCCCCCAGAACUGCCCCUCUACGAUAUGCAGUACCAGGUUCGCUAUGCCCUCUCCACUGACAGGGCCCAUCCAUUCUGGCAGGUCCUGGCUUCUCAGGCAGAGUCGUGGGCUGAGGUUCCUGAACCAGAUGUAUGUAGAGUGUACAACGUGCAGGUCCGCUGUAUGCAUAUCAACAGCUCUGGGACCUGGAGUGACUGGAGCCACUCUCUAUACACCACCCCUCACAACAGCAGAGCUCCUGACCAGGGUCCUGAUUUCUGGCGAGUGUUUCAGGAGGAUCCAGCAAGGAACCAGACUAACGUCACUCUUCUCUUCAAGCAUUUCCCCAUAGUGGAGCCAACCUACUGUGUGGAGGGCCUUGUAGUACAGCACCAGGCCUCUGGGGGCAUUGUGACUGAGGAGCGGAUAGGCCUGGUGUCCUCCUAYCGCUUUGAGUGGCGAGAGGAGGUCCACUCUGUGACGGUCAAGGCUCAGAACAGCCAGGGAUACUCCACUAGGAACAUCAACAUGACCCUGGAGAGACACCCCAAACGCCAGUGUGUGCGUUCGUUCUGUGUGUCCCGUGUGAACAGUAGCUGUGUGGUCCUGUCGUGGUCUCUGCAGCCCAACAGCAGUAUACCGUGUUCCCUGGUCGUAGAGUGGUCGGGUCAGAACCACCAGAACAGACAGGGUCAGACCACAGUGGGCAGGGAGAGGUGGAACAGGGUCCCCCCUACUGACCAAGUCCUCUACCUACAUGGUGAUUUCUAUGGCUCUGAGGAGUAUGUGUUCAUCUUGUAUCCAGUGUUUGCAGAUGGAGAAGGCGAGCCAGUGUAUACUAAAGCCUUUAGGGGGGCCGACGCUGGGCCUGCUGCCUACAUGCUGAUGAUGAUCAUCGCCUUCCUUUCCAUUGUCCUCUUCGUCACCCUGGUCAUAUCCCAAAACCACAUGAAGAAGUUCAUGUGGAAGGAUGUUCCCAACCCAAGCAACUGUUCCUGGGCCCAGGGGGUGGACUUCAGGAAGACUGAGACUAUGGAGCAGUUGUUCCGCCAACCAGGGGGCCUGCCAGCCUGGCCACCACUCCUCAUCUCAGAGACUAUCUCCCAGGCCACCAUCGUAGAGAAGACUUGUCCCCCAGCCCCAGACAAGGACAGCAUCCUGAUCCCAGCCUCCACCCCAUCCCUCUUGGACUUAGAGGUGCCUGAGGUCCCAGAGGAGGAGGAGACCCCCCAGCCCCCAGAUCUCCCCAGAAGUGUGGAGAGCUCAUCCCAGUCGACAGUGACCUAUGCUAUGGUCCUGCUCUCAGACGACCCCUGCCGGCGCUACAAGCAGGACGGCAGCCUCAGCCGCUCCAGCGACGAGGGCAACUUCUCCGCCAACAACUCUGACAUCUCCGGCUCCAUCCCCGGAGGCCUGUGGGAGCUGGAGAAUUCSCAUUCCCGAGCCGGAGAGUCGGACCUGGACCCACAGCGUUCAUGCUCUUACAAUUAUGUGGAGGAGUUUUCUGAGACGUCGGAACAGGAGGAUGAGGCCCUGGGAGGAGAGAGGGAUGGGGGGAUGGAGGAGAAGGACCUGUAUUACCUGGGAAUGGGCUACCAGGAGGAGAGUGAGGAAGAGGAGGAGGAGGAGGAGAAGAGGGAGGAAAACACAGGGGCUAUGCUGCUCAAAGAGGUGGUGGUUCUGCGGAGAGAGGGCUCAUCCAUUGAGUCCAACCCUCUACUUGGCUGUCGGGACUCUAUGUUUAGUGAGUCCAGUGACGAGGGGGCGGUGGUAGGGAUAGGGAUGAGUUCUGUCCCCCUCUACCUCCCACAGUUCAGAACUGCUCCCUCCAGGCCACUCAAAGCACAGGGCAGCACCCCCAAGCUGUAAGACCUGGUAGUGCCUAAUGUAUUGUUUUACUCUGAGGGACAGCACUCAGGAGAGGCAUAGACAAUAGCCUGUGGCCGGUGUUCAGUCACUGGACCKUGGCUGUGUCUUAGAUGACACCCUAUUCCCUAUAUAGUAUAGUGAACUUAGAUCCCUAUGGGCCCUGGGCAAAAGUAGUGCACUUAUAUCAGAAAUGUAGAAAACAGGGACAAGGUGUCCGAGGGGGCUAGGCACACUAGGUGCUGAGCCUCUGCACACAUCACAAGGAAUAGGGUGCCAUUUCAUAAGCAUGCUCCCUCCCUGUCUACAGUGGCACACUGCUACUCUGCACCUUCAGUCCACAGGAAGCCAGCUCUGUCGUGUAUCAGAGCUGAGGAGAGGAGAAGAGACUCCUUUAUCCAGCACUGCACACUUUCAGGAACUAUUAUGCUGGGAUGAAGGGAACGUCAUAAAAAAAAGAGAAAGAAAAAAAGGCCUAUUUUCUGAAUAGGUCUAUUUCCUUUCCGAUGGCUGCUCUGAGCACAACACAAGCACAUGAUAGGAUCGUGUCUCCAAGCAGGUGGUACUGAAUAGUUUGACUGGUGGCGCACAAACGAUGAUCAUGAUGAUGCUGGUGAAUUUGGAUGCUUUUGGAACGUUUACCGUAACUGUUGUGGAGAAUUGCCGUUCGGAUCUGCAUUUGCAUUGACUGAGCCCUCGAAAACAAUGAAUGUCGCUUUUCUUCGUUGUUUGCACUGUAUUUGAAACUGUGUUACGAUAUGUAAAAAAAAAUGUGCCAUCUAUUUUCAUUGCGUGCCAUUUGCUAUUGAAAAAGCUAUUGCUAGGUAUACAUUUGAUGGAAGAAUGUACAUUUUGAAACCAAUGAAUAAAAGGAAGACUAUC